AGUUCUUGGCGCCUUGCUGCAUGGUACCUCCGCAGAGGCGUUGAGAAGCGAAGGGGCCUUCGCGCCCUCCCACAGCUCAUGGCCCCGCGGGCGGCGGAGGUCGUCCCCCGCCAAAAGACCGGCGAGGACUCCGGCUGUGAGGCCACUUUCUUCGAGGCCGAGGAGGAGGCUUCACCCCCGCUGGAACUGCACGAGCUGGUGGCUUUGAAGGUGAUCCAGCAAGGGCGGCUCGUCCUGGAGACACAGGUGGAUGCGACCACGACGGUUGGCCAUAUCAAAGGGCAGCUUGAGUUGGCCAACGGCACUCCAGGCGACGCUCAAAUCCUCACCUUGCAUGGCCUGCCGCUGCAGAACACCCAGGUGCUGCGAGAGCAGAUCUGUCAGCCAGCAACUAUCACAAUGCGCAAGAGCGAUGCCAGCUGGGCGGCCGAGCUGGAGGAGCUUUUGGGCGCUGGGGACGUGGCGAGUCUCUUUCGAGCUCGGCAAUCCCUGGGCCUGCUCCGGGACGCCGCGGCCCAGGACGCUCACGCCCUGAAGGAGCAGGCGCUUCAGCUCUUUGCGGAUAUGACCGGGAAGUUCAAGAAGGCCACGUCCAUGGUCCUGUCCAGCGCGGCGGGCCUGGAGGCGGCUGCCAGCGAGCUGCGGAGGAACCGGGAGGUGGUCUUCGAGGUGGUCCCCCGCAGCUCCAAGGGCUCUCGCCGCGCUGCUGAGGACCUGAUGCGCUGCCGCAGCGGCUUGCUCUCCUCGGCAAACAUCAACGGGGAGAUGCUCAUGAGCUGCAGCAGGCUGCUGGGCCCCUCGCACUUUGAGCUGACUGCGCAGCUCAAGGAGCUGCGGGAGGUCCUACAGCAACAGCAGGAGCUCUUGCUCCGGGAACAAGAGCUGCUGCAGCUGCAGAGGCAUGGCCACAGCCUGUCCCACGCUGCUGUCCAGCGAGAGCUGCAAGAAUCCCACGUGGCCUUAGAGGGCCUUGAGGAGGACGGCAUACUGCUGGAGCAGCUUGCGCAGGAGCUGCUCACGGCGCGCAGGGCUUAUCGCUCAGCUGUGGCAUCGAAUUUGAUCGCCAUCAAGCGCUCCACCGAGUACCUGCAGCAGGAUGAGGGAGUGGUCCUCUCUUGGGCCUUGAACCAUGUCUCCAAAGGCCGAAUCCUGGACCGGGACUUCAUCCUCACGGUGGUGCAAUCCAACGGUGAGGCCUUGGAAGACGCGCCGCCUGAGCUUCAAGAAGAUCGAGAGGUGGUGCUCGAAGCGUUGCGUAGCUCCAACGGCUGGGCUCUCCAGUUUGCGGCUGCAGGGCUGAAGCGCGACCGGGAGAUUGUGCUGACGGCGGUGAGGCGGAACGGCUUGUCCCUGGAGUUUGCAGCCGCGGAGAUGCGCGCCGACCGUGAUGUGGUGCUCGCUGCUGUGCAGGUCCAGGGUGAGGCGCUGGAGUUUGCCGCAGAAGCACUGAGGAACGAUCAUGAGAUUGUCGCGACUGCAAUCCGAACCAGCCGAGGCUGGGCGAUGCAGUUCGCCUCACAGGAGCUGAGGAAGGACCGCCGUCUCGUGCUGGGAGCGCUGCAUGCAAAUGGCCUGAUGCUGGAGCAUGCGCCCUCCCUACAAGGGGAUGCUGAGAUCGUUGUAGCUGCAGUGCGGUCGAACCCUGCAGCGCUACAGUUCGCAACUGAGAAGCUGAAAGGUGACAAGGCGGUGGUGCUUGCAGCUGUCAGCAAGGACGGCAACACCUUGCGCUACGCCUCCAAGGCCAUGAAGGCCUCCCGCGAAGUGGUUUUAGCUGCUGCGCAGCAGGCAGGUGAGCAUGUGCUGCUCCUUGCAGAUGAGAUCUUCCACGAAGACGCGGGCCUCGCCGGGAUGGCGAGGAAGUACAGUGAGUCUGACGUCGAGCAAUCUGCAGGCGUGGAAGAGAACUCCUGGACGGACACCGUGUACGUGAAGACCCGCUUGUAGAGUCGCUCUGAUUUCUCUGGCUGACGCCGGAGAUCUGCCAAACUUUCGGGCCUUGUUCUGAGGGUAAUAAAUUUGCGCUUGGCACCAGACCACUGCCGCCCAGCAUUGUAGAUUACGGCACUUGUCACAAAGCUUGACAAAUGUUUCUUUGCGACCGUUUCACCAAAUCGAACGAGCCGAAUGCCCUCCCCCAAACAACGGCAAAGUGAUGCACCAUGUUUGGGGUUAGGACAGCGAACAGUCGUGGUGCCUUGGU